AUGUUUUCCAGAACUUCAGGAAAUGUUACAGCAGCAGUGAUCCUCAUCCUGCUAGCAGGAGUUCAGGCUGAGUCCAGUGUAACUUUCUCCUCUCAGAGUAUCUGUGCUGUUACUGAAUCUACAGUAGAAAUCUCCUGCACAUUUACAACACCUGAUUCCUCCAGUGUCAGAGAGAGAGAGUGGUACCUGAACUCUGAUGAUGUAGAACGAGUUCUAAAAAAAGAUCCAGAAUUCUCAGAACGAGUUUCUGUAAACUCAGAGCAGAAUAACUGUGAUCUGACUGUGUGGUAUGUGAGAGUGAGCGACUCUGGAGUUUAUAACUUCAGAUUUAAAACAUCAAGCAGUGACUGGAUAUCAGCUUCACCUGGAGUUAAUCUUACUGUUACAGAUUUGCAGGUGAAGGUGGAUCCUAACACUGUAGGACAGAAUAAGGUGAAAUUGUCCUGUAGCUCCACCUGCAGUCUCGGUACAAACCUUUACUACGUCUGGUACAGAAAUGGAGAAUACACGAAAAGAAAAGAUGAUUCCUCCAUUCUGCUCGACUCCACCAGUCCAUCUGAUCAGGGCAGCUACUCCUGUAAGGUGUCUGGAAGCUGGUAUCGCUCUCCUCCAGUGUGUGUUUCUGCUGAUUCAGAUCAGAAGAGCUGCUGGGGUGUUGCUUAUAACCGCAAAGCUAUCUGCUCUCUGAUUGGAUCUUCAGCAUACAUAGACUGUUACUACACCUUCCCUGAUAAUCAGAAGAUCAUUAAAACAGUGUGGUUCAUUAAAGAUCAGUCUGCUGCUGAACUUGAGGAUCUGAGAGCGGAUGAGGAGUAUCAGAGACGAGUGCAGAACAGACAGAACUCCCAGAAUGACUGUAGUAUGAUAAUCUAUAACCUGAGAGAGAGCGACGCUCAAACAUACAGAUUCAGAUUCUACACUGAUGGAGGAGACCACACUGGAGAUUCUGGAGUUACUCUGACUGUUACAGGUCUAAAGAUUACAGUGUCAGACACAGAUAGUGGAGGAAAGAAGCUGAUCUGUAGCAGCACCUGCACUCUGACUGACCACUACACUUACAUCUGGUACAGGAACGGACAGCCCGUAUCUGACCAGUCAAAAAUUGAAUUCUACCUUAAAGACAGUACUGUUGAUGCAGGCAACUACUCCUGUGCUGUAAGAGGAUAUGAGAAACUCUGCUCUCCUGCUGUCUAUCCUCCCAGAAACACCAGAGCAGAGCUGGUUUCCUCUGGAGAGAUAGUGGAGGGGGAUUCAGUGACUCUGAGCUGCAGCAGUGAUGCAAACCCUCCAUUUCUCUCCUACUCCUGGUUUAAUCAGAGAGAACCUGCAGAAACACCACUGACUACAGAACAGAAUUACAUCAUCACCAGCAUCAGCUCCCAGAACAGCGGAUUCUACUACUGCACUGCACACAACCAGCUCGGACAUCACAGCUCAACACCCAUUCAUCUGAAUGUGUUACCUGAACCUGACAGAGCAUCGAGGAAAGCAGUGGGAAUUCUCAGACGGCCCGAGUUCAUGCAUUGGCAUGCUUCCACUCCUGUGUAUGAGACCGUCUCAGACCUGGCCACAACCUCCACCCUGACAACAACAGCAGCCUCAGAUGAUCAGGAAGGGGUUCAGUACUCCAGUGUUCAGUUCAAACGCUCUCACGCGGAGGAAGCGGCUCUGUACUCCACUGUCCAACACGGAAAUGCUCCUAAGCAGGAAGACGAGGUCGUGUACAGCACAGUGAAAUCUGUUAAACCCUGA